AUGUCUAAUGAAUAAGAAUUACAAACCAAAAUCAAAAGUCUAGAAGAGGACAUCCAAAAUAGACAUAGACAAAUAGUAUCGCUCACUGAUAAAGUGGAAGAAUUGCAACGAUCCAUCUAAAACAAUUCAGAAGUGGUUGAACUUGGAGAGAAAGUGAGAAUGCUUGAAUCACAAAACCUUAAACUCAUAGAAAAGAAUCAAAGUGACGUAGUGGAAUGGCGAUAAAAGGAAAGAGAUUUCAAUAAUCAAAUCCAAUCACUUCAACGUAAAUUGAAUGAAGUUGAAGCUCAACUGACUGAGGCUAAGGAUCUCAAUUAACAACUCAUUGCUAAGUCUGGAGAAAACAGUAAUUCUGAAUCGCAGUUACAAUAAAUCACUUAACAUUAUGAACAUCUACUCAGCGAAAAAGAUGCUCAACUCAAAGAAAGAGAAACCAAGAUCCUCCAUCAUGAAUAAAUAAUCCCUCAAUUGCAGAAAGAUCUAGAUCAAAGAGAUUAAUCAAUCAAAUCAUUGAAUGAACAAUUAGAAAGUCAAUCAUAGCAAUUAACUCUAUUGAGUCAAUAGAAUAGUAAUCUUAAUACUCUUACAAUUGAACUCAAUAAUUUGAAACUACUCAAAGACAAUUUGCUGAAUGAUAAUUAAACACUGCAUUCCUAAGUCUAACAAUUCAACACUACUAAUGUUGAAUUAUCCAAUAAACUCAAACUCACUGAAGAUCAAAAUGCCACCAAUUAAAAGCAACUCAUGGAUCUUCAGAAUGAAUUGAAGGACUCCUAAAAGUAAUACAAAGAAGAAAUGACUAAAAUUAUGCAAAUCCUUGAAAAGACCAAAGAAAAAUCUAUUCAUGAGCAGGAACUAUUUAAAAACAGAUUGCUUGAAAAGGAUGAUAUUUUGAAUGAAGCCAAAAAACAAUUUGAAUAAACUACUAAAUAAUUUGAAAAGGAAAACGCUUCUCUUACUACAUAACUAUCAUAAGCAAACAAGACUCUCUAGGAAUAGGCUAAGAAAAACUCUGAUCUUGAGUUCAAAAUUAGAGAAUUGGAAUCCAAAUUACAAGAAAGCAAUAGACAAUACAUCAAAUCACUUGAACAUUCUAAAUAAUUAGACAUCGAACUCAAAAAAGCUAUUUAGACUUCGUAAAAGUAUUAGGAAUAAAUUAUAUUCAAAGAAGAAGAAGUAUAAAAAUCAAAACAACUCUAAUUGCGAAUUCUACAAGAUAAUUCAGAUUUAAAAGCUAAAUUGGAGUCUCUAUUGCAAAUAAACUCAAAAAGCAAAUCAAAUGAAUUGCAGAAUCUAAAAAAUCAGAUACUUGAAAAAGAUUAAGAAAUCGAAUUGCUCAAAUAGCAAUAAAGGUCUUUGGCAACUCAAUUAAAAACUAGUUAAGGCUAUGCGAAUAGAUUUAAGUAAAGAAAUAAACAAUUAGAAAUGGAAAACACUGAACUGUUAAAAUCAAAGAAUAAUUUAGAGACUUUGUUCUAAGAGAUACUCGAUCAAACAAAAUAAAAAUCGAAUGUCAAGAAUUUAUCUGCAUUAUCAAAUAAUCCUACUAAAUAUUAAAUGAGUUUACUCUCCUAAAGAAAGAAUUAUAUGCAAGAAAACACUUCAACACACUCAUAAGAAAAUAGAUCCUCAAGUCAAAAAUCUAAUAACACAACUCCAAAUAAGGUUGGUAAGACUGGAGAUGUAUCCUUUAAAAGAGCCAUCCUAGUAAGUGGAUAAAAAAAAACUGCUAAUUCAGGGUCUUAAGACAAUGUUCAUGUAAAAUAGUCUAAUAAACUUCUCAAUGAAAUUUAAGAACUUGAUGAAAGCCAAUAAUAAUAGAAUAAAUCUCAAUCUUAGUAGGACAAUUAUGAUUAAUAAAUGGGACAUGGAGAAUAGCAAAAUAUAUAAAAAGAGUAAGAACACAAGGACGAAUAAAUACUUGAUGAAUAAGAAAAUAAUGAGGAGGUUGCAGAUUUUAUUGAGGAUGAUAAUGAUCUUAAUUGA